AUGUGUCUAAACCUUUGCAAACUACAAAAUAUUCUGAGGUUGCUUGUCAUGGUCUCAUUGUUUGGAUUUAUUUUUAUCAUUGACUAUCAGUUGAAAACAAAACAGAGGAAAGACGAAUUGAAAGUUCUACGACAGCAGCAUUUAGCAGAAGAUCCUGAGGAAGGAAAAACAGUUGGAUACGAAAUAAUAGGCGACGAAAUAAAAUACAAUGUCGUGGAAAAACCUAAAAUAGCAAUUGUCAGUGUAUUACGAUCACUGGAACAAACGAAGUUCUAUGAUAUAGCUAUCAGUACUGUAAAAUGUUAUGCAAAAAUUCAAGGCUAUCAUUACAUUCUUGCAGUGGAGAAGGACUUUGAUUGCUACCAGAAAGAUCAAUUUUUCCGUCGCCACUGUAUUAUUGCGAAGAUUCUUCCGAAUUUCGACGCCGUCUUAUUUCUAGAUGCAGAUAUCGGCGUUGUUUAUCCAAAACGACGUAUCGAGGAAUACAUGUUCCAGAACUUUGAUGUCAUUUUUUACGAUCGAUUUUAUAAUUGGGAGAUCAUGGCAGGCUCUUAUCUCGUGAUGAAUACUCCGUAUGCCAUCAAGUUCUUGAACGAUUUUGCAAAUUAUGAGACAACGUUACCGGAUAGUUUUCAUGGAACUGACAAUGGAGCACUUCAUUUCUUCAUUGCCGAACGAUUCUUUCCGGAAGAAAUGUACACAAUUGAUUUGUGUCGUCAACCAUACAAAUAUUCGCGAGAUUUUGACGACGUCUUCACUUAUGAAGCAUGUCUACGUGGAAUUCUCGGCGCAAGAACUGAAUUCGAUCGUGUCAAAAUCUUGAAAAAAGGAACCGGUUGGGCACGUGACAGUUGGAUAACCGACGGAGUUUGGAACAAGGAAAUCGGAGAUUUUAUGUUGCAUUCGUGGAAAACAAGUCAAAUUCAAACUAUUCCGAAUCGACGGAUAAAACCGGUGAAGACAUCAAUGUACGAGUGGUUCAACCCGCUUAUCGGGGCUAUUCAUCUGGAUAAAUGUCAUCCGAAAAACAUGUCUUGGAACUAUGAUGAACGAUUAUUGGGAGAUUCUGAAGAAAUGAUGGAGAGCUUGACGGAGUAUCGGAAUAGAGUUACGAAGCAACAAUUCCACUUUUACUAUAGAAUGAAAUCUUUCGUGUGA